AUGGUAAGCUCAGCCUUGCGCAUCAUCCGGCGCGUUCUUAUCGCAACCUGGCUAACCUUCGUAGCCACCAAGGCUGAUGUCGAGGCCCAUUUCGCGACCCAUGGCACCGGCGAAAUUACCGAAAUAAAGCUCAUGAACGGAUUCGGCUUCAUCGAGUACAAGGAUGCCAUGGAUGCUCGCGAUGUUGUUCCUGGUAGCCUUCCGUAUGUCCUACUGCGCCAUGGAUCCGACUUCAUGGGCGAACGCUUGACCGUACAAUUUGCCCGUGGAACCCGUCACAGGGAGGGCGGCAGUGCCGGUGGCUUUGGCAACAAUGAGCGCGCUCCUCCCAGGCCUCGCCGCACUCCCCACCGAAUGCAGAUCACGGGACUUCCCACCGAUACCACUGGAUUCCUGGAUUCCCUUCUCUUCUUGCGCCUAUGGCGCGCCUGGACCUUCAUCGUACCCUUCGAGUCCGGACCGUGCUGCGCUCCUGAACCUUGCUUUCCCAAGUCCAUGGCCGUUUCUUUGAACCGGCGCGGGCCUGCCAAAGCAGCGACGGAACCCCAAUGCCGGACGACACCACUCCUGGCUUCAAUCCCCUUGGCUUGCUGCCGACUGGACCUCAAAGACUUUGCUCGUCAGUCAAGCCUUGACGUUGUCUACUCGGAAACGCCCCGCGACGGCAACGGGCGCGGCUUCGUUGAAUUCGAGACUGCGGCGGACUUGAGAACCGCUGUCGAGAAGCUUGAUGGCCGGGAAUUCAAGGGAAGCCGCGUUACCUGCGUAGCAGACACUCAACCGGACAUGCCGCCUCGUGGCGACAUGCGCAGCGCUCGGUCUCGUUCCCCCGGCGGCGGCCGUCGACCCUACCCGCCUCCAGUCGACGACUACGACCGACGUGGUCCCCCGAGAGGCUACAGCCCACGCAGAGAUGGUUAUCGUGAGGGAUACCGUGAGCGUAGUCCCCGCCGCGAGUACUACGACGAGCGUGCUCGUUACCGCUCUCCUCCGCGUCGCCCCAUGGACGAUUACCCCCCUCCACGAGGCCGCUACGACGACCCUUACCGACGGGACUACCCCCCGCCGCCCGACCCUUAUGUCAACGGCAGAGGGCCGUAUGAUCGCCCCCCUAGAGACUUCCCUCCCAGGGAAGCAGGUUACCCGCGUGAUGGGUACCCUCGCGAGUAUGAACGUGAUGCUGGAAGCACCUCCACUCUAGUGGCUCCAGCCACAAUGGUAAAUAUCAAUGGCAACAAGCGGUGUUCCCAGACGUUCGAGGCAUGUUUCAAAUUGCGAUUUUUGUCAAAGCAUCAUCAACAACACAGCUGCGGAUGCAACGAUUCUGGGUCCGUUGAGUUCAGGAGGGGAAAAAAUGUCGAGUGCCUGAUGUAUAUUGUACGAUUACAUGCAUGGAUAUCCACCAAAAAUGAAAUGGCGUAUUCGCUUUAUGAGCACAAUUUUGGUCCUUGGGGGCCGGCUUUCGAGUCAAUCGAACAAUGA